AUGACUAACAGAUUGGAAGGAUGUUGGACUAAAGAGGAGAAAUACAAUACUGAAGCAAUGAUCAAAGACAAUGUCAGGGCGUAAGUUGUUGAUUUCAUUUGAUGUAUUUAUAAAUAUGUAGCAUACUUGUACUAAGUAAUUAAAUAACUUCUUAAAAAGUUCUCUAAUUUUGGAUAAGAUUAUUGCACGGGUGAAGAUUACCACAAGAGCUCGCAGACUUAGGCUGCAGCAUCACUGAGAGUUCUGAGAGUAACUCAUGGGAAUUGAAAUGCAAAUUUCUGUGAAUGAUCUAGCGCACAUUUUUGGCAUUAUGGACACAGACGUUACUACUUGCUGUCUAAAAACUGUAUUUCCAGGGAUAUCAGCGAGCCUAAAACUCCUUUAGGGACAGCAUUGGACUAACUCAAAGCAAUCUGCCCUCCAUAAACCUUUUUGUCAUGUCUUGAGGGUGAUUAUAACGAGGCAUGAUAAAUCUGGGAACAACGUGAGAACAAAACAGAGGGAUUUGCGGAGCGGAAGGGUGGGGCUCAACUCCACUUCCCAAAAUCUGAUAUCUAAGAAUAGGAUAUGAUUACAGUCAGUCAAAUGUCAUGUCAAACAAAGUAUUAACAUACAUGAUUUGAAAUUUGUUAAAAAAUAUUUAAAGAAAACAGAAUUUUCUGUCAUUUGUCAUACAAAACCCUUGAAGAGUGUGUUACUGCAAGAAGAAAAGAGGUUAAUUUAGUUAAGCAGAUUUAGUAACACGAAUUCUGAUAUUGUAAUUUCGUCUUUUUUUCAUAAAUUUGAAUAAGAAAAAAAUCAUUUUUAUGAUCGUAAGCACUCCAGUUAACAAGUUACAGUAACAUUGAUCACUUCUGUUUCUCCUUGAAAGUGAUUCUUAAUUAGUGCUCAUUUAUUCAUACACUAUAUGUAAAACACUUUUCAUUCACGUGAAGAUUAUGUUACACACCUUCACGCCUUCACGUGAAAAGUCAUGGUGCACUAGAACUCGCUUUUAUAAAGAGGCUAAGGACAACUUUUGAGGCUAGUGUGCUGCAUUAGGAAUUUAGACAAUUUAAUGCUUGUUUUAAGCCAGUUCUUUUCCGGAAUAAUUGCUUCAGAAUAGGAUAGUAACAGAAACAAUUUUGCAUUGUUUUUCUUCCCCCUGUAGGAAUAUGUAGUGAACCUUUUCAUGGCUGCCGCAGCACCAUCACCGCUGGCCAGUUCUGUGGAGAAGACAAAUGGAGCCAAGCUCAGCAGGCUUCUUAUCGACGGUGGAACAACAGUUCUUAGGAAGAUUUUUGAUGGUCAUCAUCCUCCUGCAAACUUGAUUACUGACGUAAAUGCUAAUUACUCCAUCCUUAACAAUCUCUUACGUCGUCGAGUUCUAAAUGGCCAUCAGUGGGACAAACUAUUUCCACCUUGUGGAGUCGCACCAGACUCCAACACCUUUGACAUCACUUUUCUGUUUCUCCUUCUGACCGACAUUUGUGGAUUGACCCCUCCCCCCUCAGGAUGGCACACUAAACCACCCUCAAGUGACACGUCUCAUGAAGCUAACCUUGCAAGGGUUAAGUUCUAUCGCAAUAUCUUGUAUGGUCAUGUGACAACUACUGGUGUUGAUACACCAACUGUCUCUGCUCUAUGGACUGAAAUUAGUGGUGUUCUUGUGAAUCUUGGCCUUGAUCAGGCGGAAGUAGAUAGGUUGAAGGCAGAGAAAGGUGGAGAGCAAGAUUAUAUUGACGUGUUGUAUGAGUGGGCUGACAGUGAAGAGGAUAUCAAGUCACAGUUGAAUAACUUAAAUAAGUCUCAGAGCCAAACGCAUCAAGCAGUUGAAGAUGUUCGUCAGGCCCAGGUUAAGACACAACAAAGCGUUGAUGAAGUGUGUCAGAACGUGAAGGAAGUUGAAGCAGGGCUAAAGGAAAUAAAAGAAAGAGCGGAAAAAGACGGAAAAGACAAGGACAGGUCAGAAGAGGUCCUUCGAAAUCUUACAAAGUCGGAAUUCAGAGGAGACAUUGAGUAUUAUGCGGAACGAUUUCAAAAAGGCACCCGUGAGUGGGUAUUUGACAGUGUUCAGAACUGGCUGGAUGACAGAAGCUCUCAGCACCGCGUGAUGGUGAUCAGUGGAAAUGCGGGGAUGGGAAAAUCUGUCAUCGCAGCUGUGAUUUGCAAGAGAAUGCAAGAGGCUGGCAGGCUGUCAGGAAGCCACUUUUGUCAGUAUAACAAUGUACGCUACUGUAAGCCUCAGCUAAUGAUUCAGUCACUUGCCUGUCACUUGUCCCAUGCCUUGCCAGAAUACAAGCAAGCUCUUGUGGAACAGCUAUCGAGAAAUCUUGGCACAGAUCUCACCCACAUGGGUGUUGAGGAGUUGUUUGCACUGCUUUUCAAGGAACCUCUAAGUACCUUAGGUGAUCCAGGAAGAGACAUGCUCAUGCUGAUAGAUGGUUUGGAUGAAAGCGAAUACCGAGGACGGAAUGAGCUUCUUGAUGUGAUUGCAAAUCAGUUUUGUAAGCUCCCUAUUUGGAUUCGUUUUGUCGUAACGACGCGUCCAGCCUUAAACAUUACAGACAAUCUAAAGCACUUGAAGCCGCUUGAACUGAAGUCUAAUGCUGAAGAGAAUCUAGAAGAUGUCAGGGUAUUUUGUCUUAAACGGCUGGAACACAUAGUCAAAACAGCGAAUGUGGCCGAGUUUGUGGAAAGACUAGUUUUGAAAUCUGAAGGACUGAUGUUGUACGCCCAUUUUCUUAUAUUGUCGAUCACUGAAAAUGCAUCAAUUGUCCAAGAGGGAAACCUUGUUGACAGUUUACCAUCAGGAAUUUCUUCAGUGUAUCAUUCCUAUUUCAAACGUUUGGAACGUGAGCUCUUGAAGGAACUCGACGUAAAUGAGGAGCAUUUUCUGAAUCUGUUAUCUACCAUGACCACUUCAAGAGAGCCCCUGCCAGUUGGUUUUGUGUCCAAAGUGUUAAUGCCAAGUAUAAAUUCACCACUCACAAGGCGUAAAGUACUGAGAGCCUUGACUAGUGUGUCUUCACUUCUUCCUGUCCGUGACGAUUGUCUUCAUGUCAUUCACAAGUCAGUCAAAGAUUGGUUAACAGACAGUUCAUGUUAUGUGGAACAUGAAUUCAUCAUGGAUGAAAAUGAGGGACACCGUAUAUUAGCAGCCCUAUGUACUGACGAACUUGAUAUUUUGAAACGGAAAAGUGUACAUAACAUACAAUGUAGCGCCACUGAGAGGUACGCGCUGUCUCAUGGAGCACAUCACAUGCUGCACAAAGGCGUCAAGAGAGAGCCACAUAAGCUGGACGAACUGAUAAAGGCCUACAUUAUUGAUAUAGACAUAGUUUAUGCCAAGACCUGCUUUAACAGCACAACAGCGGCUGAAGAUCUUCUGUGGCUUAAAAAGCAGGAGAUUUUUACGUUGUUAUCAAAAGAUAACCAAAGUGUUGUGGACACCUUGUUGUUUCUUUUGAGAAAGAAUCUCCGUUUGCUUAUGGAUACCCCUCGUACGUCUCUUCAAACCAUACUUAACCAAGGAGGAAAAGUGUUGACUUUUGAGGCGUCAAAUCUUUUGCGAAAUAAGUAUCCUGAAAUAGCAUAUUUGGAAGAUGUUCACAACGAGACGCAGCAGGGAGGUGUUGUAGCCCGAUUUGAAUGUUUAUCUGUUGUGGUCUGUUUGGACGUCUCUCCGCAGUUGGAUUAUAUGGUGUGCGAAUGUGAAGAUGGGAUGCUUCGGCUGUGGUCACUCCAGACUGGCAGGCUCGUGUGGACACGUCCAGUCAUAGUAGAAAAGAGUUUCAAGACGCCCUGGUUCCUUGGAUAUGCAAGAAAGCUACUUUCUGUACAUGUUUCAUUGUUUCGUUCCGUUGCUUUUCACCCUACAAAGGAAUGUAUUUUACCAGGGAUUUUAAGUCAGGCCUACAGUACUAUGAACGGAGACUUGAAACCCCUUUUUCCCGGAAGUAACUGUAGAUUUUCAGUUUGCUCUAUUUCCGGUGACAAGACUAAUUGUCUUGAGAGUUCCAAAUGCCUUGUCUUGUGGAGUUUAGAAAAUGGUUCAGAGGUUGAUCGAAUCCUUGAAGAUGAAGACAUUUUAUCGUUUGCAUGGACUAGCGAUGGCAGGCUUCUCGCAAUUUCACAUUCUUCGGGAGUAAUCAGUUUGGUUGAUGUGAUGUGUGGUUUCAGAAAACUAGCACAUACAGCGACCCCAGAAGUAUAUGGCGCGGUAAAGUUUUCACCCGAUCAUCGAUUUCUCCUUUGUCGCCGUGCCGAAGACGCAUUUUGUCUCAAGGUCGUUAGGGAUACCCCCAGCACAUUUUCUUUAACGGUUUGUCAUGAUAUCCCUUAUGACUUGUCUCAUGCUUUAAAGAAUUUUGAUUCUUUCAAUGAUUGUGGGUUUUUAUUUGGUGAUCCUGUUACCACAGACGGGUCAUUUUACCCUUUGACGUUUUUUCUUGACGAUCAACGUCUGUUACAGUACUAUUUGUGUACAAUAGAAAUGGUGGACACUAAAGGCCUUCACCAAAGCAGUCAAGGCGAAUCUACUCAAGUUACUGGGAUAGAAGUGAGUUUGGAUGGUCAAACCGUGUAUGUUGCAAGUGAGAAAUCAGUCAUUGCUAGGGACAUGUUCAAUGGGAAGUGUAAGGAGAUAAACCGCCUGGUUACAUUGCAAGAUUUCUGUCCUUUGUGUCCUGUGAGCGGAGGUGUCCUAAUUUCAACGAAUCUAUACACUCUCGAGUUUUGGAAUUAUGAUCUGUCCAAAUGUAUCGAAACGUGGCCUAGCCCGUCUGGAAUUGAACAAUUGAUCCUUGUAUCAAAAGAACGAGUAGCAGUUGUAGGAGAGAGGGUAGUGAUGAUCCUUAAUACCAGCAGACGAGAAUUCGUACAAACAAUCUUAAGUUUUGGGAGAAGAAUUCUUACCUGUAACAGUAAAUGUCAGCUGUUAACUAUCACCGAUUCUCACUCUCUUCAGCUGUUACUUUCUCACACUCCUCAGUUUUGGUAUGGCCCUACGGUGGUUUGGGAAAAAAGAGGCAUUGACAUGGGGUGCUAUAAACAGGAUGUGGCGUUCUCCCCUAUGGAACAGUUCCUUAUUGUCGGGACGAUGAGAGGAGUGUUAGUCCUGGAUGCCGAAACAGGGAUCAAGCUCCGUACUUUACCGUCAUUGUCUCGUUCUUCUAGUUUAACGUUUAUCAGUGAUGAUCAAUGUGUUAUUACUGGUUCUGACUUAACUGUUCAGGUGUUUAACGUCAACCUGUUUAACGUUAGAUCUGGUGAACUUCUAAGUACAAUUGAUGUGGAAAGCAAAGUGACCUGUUUAGCAGCCUGUCCACUCAAUCGUAUUCUUGCCAUCGGCCUGAAGAACUCCACACCUAAUGUCAAGCUUUUGAUGGUGUUUUUGCCACGAAGCAAAGACCGUGAAAGCGGAAAAAGGUGA